AUGGUCGUCGCUCAACUCCUUCUCGCUGCGGCUCUUGCGCCGGCCGCUCUGGCAAGCCCUCUCAAGUCCCGCGAUGUGGCAUCCUACGAGGGGAACCCACUGGCAGACAGGCAAAUGUUCCCUAACCCCUAUUACGCCGAUGAGAUCAAGACCCAGGCCAUCCCGAAGCUGAGCGGAGAGCUCGCGGAGAAGGCCGCCAAGGUCGCCGAAGUCCCCUCCUUCGCGUGGCUUGACACCCGUGAAAAGAUUAGUCUGAUGAACAGCACUCUGGCGCAAAUCCGCCAGCUUAACCAACAGGGAGCCAAUCCGCCGUUCGCCGGCACCUACGUCAUAUACAACUUUCCUGACCGUGACUGCUCGGCAAAGUCCUCGGCCGGUGAGCUUGUGAUCGCCGAAGAUGGCCUCAGCAAGUACGAAAAAGAAUACAUCGACCCCAUCGCCGCGCUUGCCAAGGAGUACUCGGAUGUUCGCCAGGUGUUUAUCUAUGAGCCCGACGGUCUUGCGAAUCUCGUCACAAACAUGGGCGUUGCCAAGUGCGCCGGUGCUGCUGACACGUACAAGGCGGCUACCGACUACGCCUUCAAGACUCUCAACCUCGACAACGUCGCCAUCUAUGCCGACGCUGGCCACGCAGGUUGGCUUGGCUGGGACGCCAAUCUGCAGCCGACGGCGGAGCUGUACGGCCAGGUAUUCAAGAAGGCCGGGUCGCCCAAGGCGGUCCGCGGCCUCGUGACUAACGUGUCCAACUACAAUGGCUGGAACCUAACCACCGCGCCGUCGUACACGUCGGGCAACAAGCAGUGGGACGAGUCCAAGUUCCACGCCGCGCUGACACCGUUCCUGAAGACGGCCGGGUACCCGGCCAACUACCUCGUCGACCAGGGCCGCAGCGGCAAGCAGCCGACGGGGCAGCAGCAGUGGGGCGACUGGUGCAACGUCAAGGAUACCGGCUUCGGCGCUCGCCCGACGGCCAAGACCGGCGUCGACACGCUGGACGCGAUCGUCUGGGUCAAGCCGGGCGGUGAGGGCGACGGGACCAGCAACUCGACCGCGACGCGCUACGACGAGAAAUGCAGCUCAGCGUCUUCCGUCACCCCGGCCCCGGAAGCUGGGGCUUGGUUCCAGGAGUACUUUGUGCAGCUCCUAGAGAACGCUAACCCCGCCUUCUAG